CCAACUUCUACACCAACAAACAAGAGUCAACGUGUCGCAUCGCAUUUCUCUCACACGCACACACAGUCACAGAUCAUCGAAAAGAAGUUUCUGAUGCUUGCAACUUAAACACAAUUGCGGCUAUCAAAAUAAUCACAAAAUAAACUUCUCCAUUCUCAAUUUUUUUUUCGCACCAGUCAUCAGCCAUCAAGCUGAACAAAAAAAGUGAGAGCGGAGCGAAAUUGGACGAGGAAAAAAAAAGAUUUUCAAUUUAAAGGAAGAAAAAAAAAUUUUGUUAUUUUUUUUUUCGGUGUUUAAAAUAAAUUCGAAAGUGAUUUAAAGUAGCCGAUUUGGAUAAGGAACGAUGUCGACUGAAAAGGAACCAAUGCCGCAGGAAAGUAAGGAAGAUGAGAUAGUGAAGGAAUCAAAUGGUGAGAAAAAUGGCGACAUUAAGGAAGAUGUUAAAGAUGCUGAAACGAGUGGUGCCGCACAGAAGCUUAGUCUUGGUGAAAUUGCUGCCGUUGAUGGCGAGAUUGCUAAGGCAAAAAUUGAACAGCUACAAUUGCUUCAUAAUGUAAUCUAUGGUAAAAAUGGUAGUGGACCGCAAAUAAAACGAAACAUUCGAAAAUUUGCCGGUUUCGAAGAUGACGAACGUCAAACGAAACUCGACAUGCUGCUAACAUAUGAAUUACCUCAAUUACAACAAACUGCCACCAUUCUCGAUCUUAAAGACAUUAAAUCUGAUGAUACAAAAGAAAAUUUUGCUAAGGCAAUCGUCGAUUUUCUAAUUUUACCAACAGGCAAAACAAUUGCUGAAACAGAACCGGCAGAACCUGAGGAAGAAGAUGGCGAGGAAGUAGAUGAAAAGGAUGCAGAAGGUGGUGAAGAAGAGGAAGAGGAAGAGCCAGAAGAAGAGGAAGAGGAAGUUAAGCCUAAAGGAUCACCGAGAAAGCGUGGUGGUCAGCAGUCAUCAGCUGGACGUCCGAAGAGAGCAACUGCUACUAGAGUUUGGACUAAGGAUUAUGGCAGCAGUGAGGAAGAAGAGGAAGUCGUUGAGGUUCGUAAAGGUCGCAAGAAGCGUAAUGAAUCAGACAGUGGAUCAGAUUACAAUCCAAGCGGUGGCAGUGACUCCGAGAAGAAUCGUCGCAAAACAUCACGAGCUGUAGCACCAAAAAGAAAGUCAAAUCGUGGUGCCGGACGUCCAAAGCGUCGUAAUUCAGACAGCGAUGAGGAAUCAGAAGAAGAAUCUGAAGAUUUUAGCGAGGAGGAAGUCGUGCCGAAGAAGAAGAAGAAGCCAGCACCACGUGCAGCUCAACGACGUGGUGCAAAACGCGGCAGAAAACGCAAGCAAGAAACAGAAAGUGAGGACGAAGAGUCAGAAGAAGAGGAAGAGGAAGAAGUAGAUGAUAGUGACGACAGUGAGAAACAGAAAAAAUCACGCAAACCCGCUUCAAAAGCAACACCGCAAAAGAACUCAAAAGGUCGACCAAAACGAGCAGCUCCACCAGUUUCAAAAAAGAAGAAAAAGGACGAAAGUGAAGACGAAGAAGAUGACGUAGCCGAGUCAGAAGAAGAUGACGAGCCCCUCAAGAAGCCUCCAAAGAAGACCAAAGAGGCGGCUUCAAGCGAUGGUGUAAAGGCUCCAACCGACGAUGACAUUAAGACCUUGCUUAAAGACAUUCUUGCUGAUGCAAAUCUGGAGGAAAUUACGAUGAAAACAGUCUGUAAGAAGGUUUAUGCACAUUAUCCCAAUCAUGAUUUAUCGUCACGAAAGGAUUUCAUUAAGCAGACAGUCAAAUCGCUGAUCGCAGCAUAAUAUAGCCGCCACACGGUGCAGCAACAAGUAUAAUGUGUCAGAAAGAGUCGAUAAAAAAAAAUUAUUUUUCUUCUAUGUGUUUUCAUCAUCAACAUUAAAACUUUUUUUUCUGUUUAUCUUUCACGAAAAUAAUACUGGAAAAAAUCAAUCCACAUCAACACAAAAUAGACAAGAAUGAAAAAUGGAAAAUAAAAAAAAUCUUUUUUUAAUUGAGGAAAAUUCGCAGUGAAUUUUCAAAAGUAAUUGAAUAAGUAAUUAAUAAUUAUGAUGGAUGGAUUAGAGUUUUUAAGGGAAUUAAGAAAGAAUUGGGUGGAAAAUUUGUGGGAUUUGGUAUUUUUUUGAAAGUAUUUUGAUGAUUUUUUGGGGGUCCAUGGUUUUAUUUUUGGGAGUCUGUGGUUUGAAAAAUUGUGACUUUGAUGAAAAUUUAUGUUUUUUUUAACACAAACCCCAAUCAAGUGCCAUUGGAUUCCUAGAAACCUCCUAAAUACCACAAAUAAAAAACUAAAUCCCUUCAAUAAAAAUAAUUAAUGUCUGAAUUGAAAUAAAAAAAAUUUUUACUUUUCAUUACCAAGCGUUCAUUUAAUAUUAAAACAACAGAAAAAGAAAAUAAAGAAUUAUAUAUGCAUUAAAAAUACAAAACAAAAACAAUAGCAAUUUAUUAGUUCAUAUAUGUUAAGUGAGGAUUCAGAUGAGGACAAAAUUCUAUAUUAAGUGGAAUGAUAUAUGAAUAAAUAAAUAAGAACAAAAAUUAUUAAAUAAAUC